UUUAGAUGGCCACUCCACAUUCUGCAAAGCGCCAACGGACAACGUCACCUUUGGCUCACCAGUCGAGGGUCCUUGUGCUGUCUCAUCCCAAUACCCAUCACCACACAGGACACACCUCCUCGCGCGACUCGUCAGGCGAAAAACCAGAACGGACAAUGGCCAUCCUAACCUAUCUUGCAAAGCUUUACCCUGUCUCCCAUGGACUUUUACAACCACCCACGCCCCCGCAGGUGGUAUUUGACUCCAACCCACCGCGCGCACAACUGAGGGACUUGUGGCGCGUACACGACGUUGAAUAUAUUGGGAGAAUUAUAGAUCAGACCCCAAAGUGUGGUGGGCGAUCCAGGCAUUUCUCACCUGGCAGAGCCGGCGUCAAGACCACCUUCCUAAGUCCUGGUAGCACUGAAGCCAUUCUUCGUGCAGCAGGCGCUGUGACAACAGCCAUUGACACUGUUUUGGCAUCAGAUAGCAAUAUCACAACGGCAUUUUGUGUUGUGAGGCCACCUGGACAUCACUGUGGAUGGAGCGGGGUGGAGCCUCUGGACACGGAUAUAGAUUUGGCACAGGGAUUUUGUUAUGUGAAUAACGUUAUGGUUGGAGCAGCAUAUGCAGUGCAUGAAUACGACACCCGCGUGGCAAUUCUGGAUUUUGAUGUGCACCACGGAAACGGCACUGAAGGCAUAAUGCGACGUCUCCUCUCUACUCAUCCUCCAGAGAUACCUUUUCCCCUCCUUUUCAUCAGCACCCACCAGUAUUCGCCUGGGUUUUACCCAGGUACAGGUUCACCACAUCCUUCCUCAUCCCCCUACUCCCGUCACAUCAUCAACAUUCCAUUAGCACGUGGUACAUCCUCCGCAGAAUUUCGCAAAGCACUAAAAGAGCAAGCACUCACAGCGCUACGUGAUUUUGCACCAACAUUGAUACUCAUAAGCGCUGGGUUUGACAGUCAUGCGGAAGAUCACGUUGGCGAUCUAGACCUCGUUGACGAGGAUUUUCAAUGGAUCAGCAUGGUAUGCAAAAGAAUCCAGAAGAAAAUUGUAUCAGUUUUGGAGGGAGGCUAUCUGGGGGACACGAGUGAAUCAUGCCUGGUGCGGAGCUGUGCCGCGCAUAUCAAGGGCCUACUCGAUGAGGGCGAGGAUUCGUCGAAAGUCGGAUCAUAGCUCCAAUACUGAAAGGAGCCGCCAGUAUAUAAGAAUCCCAUCUACUAAACAAAAUUUCUGUACCGCUUCAGCCGGCCAAGCUAGGCUAACUCUAAGCAUCACAGUAACAAACAGUUUUCCUAAAUGCUCUGGACUAUGGAGGACGUCCUCCUGUGCCAUCCGUUACAGACCAGCCCCUUACCUUGGCAGGUCCAUUUGCAGCACCAUUCAUCUGUGCGCGCGCAGCAUUCCCAGUUGUAUUGCGCCGCUUUGCAUUGUUUCCACCGCCUC